AUGGCCGAUCAAUUUAAGGCUCGAACGUUGAAACGCAAGAACGUCAAGGGCCUCGCCUUGAAUGCCGCUCCCAAGCCCUCCGCGCAACCCUCCGACGGCAAUGCCCAGGCCCCCGGUGCCAUUGGGGGCAUCGAGACCACCCGCACUGAUACUCUCGAGAUUGGUUUGGAGUUCCGCUUGGAUCUCCGCAGUGAGGAUCUGGUUACGCUCAAGGAGUUGGGUGCUGGAAAUGGCGGCACAGUCUCUAAGGUCAUGCACGCCUCCACCAAGGUCGUCAUGGCUAGAAAGAUUAUCCGUGUGGAUGCCAAGGAGAAGGUGAGAAAGCAGAUCUUGCGUGAACUCCAAGUCGGGCAUGACUGCAACUCCCCGCACAUCGUCACAUUCUACGGAGCGUUCCAGAACGAAGCGAGAGACAUUGUGUUGUGUAUGGAAUACAUGGAUUGUGGUUCUCUCGACCGUAUAUCGAAAGACUUUGGUCCUGUCCGGGUCGAUGUUCUCGGUAAGAUCACUGAAUCGAUCUUGGCUGGUCUGGUCUACCUCUAUGAAACCCACCGCAUUAUGCAUCGUGAUAUCAAGCCCUCCAACAUUCUUGUCAACUCGCGGGGAAAUAUCAAGCUCUGUGACUUUGGUGUCGCUACAGAGACGGUCAACUCGAUCGCAGACACUUUCGUCGGCACAUCCACCUACAUGGCACCCGAGCGAAUCCAAGGUGGCGCUUACACCGUGCGGUCGGACGUAUGGAGUGUGGGUUUGACGGUUAUGGAGCUGGCUGUCGGACGAUUUCCCUUUGAUGCAUCUGAUUCCGCCGCGGGAGACCGUGCCAGCGCUGGCCCAAUGGGUAUUCUGGACCUCUUGCAGCAGAUUGUCCAUGAGCCGGCCCCGAAGCUGCCCAAGAGCGAUGCUUUUCCUCCUAUCCUGCAUGAGUUCGUCGCCAAGUGUCUUUUGAAGAAGUCCGAGGAGCGCCCGACCCCGCGUGAACUCUUUGACAAGGAUGCCUUCCUGCAGGCUGCCAAGCGCACCCCAGUUGAUCUCCAUGAAUGGGCUGUUAGCAUGAUGGAGCGACACAACCGGAAAUCAUACCUGGGACCGGUAGGACCUCCACCUGCCAGGUCCUUUAAGAACAAGGAGAAGGAGAGCAGCAGCACUUCAUCAUCGUCGCAUCCCAACCAACCACCGAAGCCCGCUCCCAGCAAGCCGUCUCGCACCCCGCACUACACUCCAACUACUGGAGAAAUCCCGUUGAAUAUUGUAAACGACGUGCCCUCCCACCACAACCACCACCAGCGGUACUAUCCCACCUCUUCCCACCCAUCGCCGAGAGACCCAGUCAGAUCAACCCGAUCGCCCCCACCGGUUUCCCUCGAGCAUUUGUCCUUGGAAACUACCGAUGACGAACAUCGAUACGGCCGCCGUCCAUCGCGACACCACUUGGGUGACCCGUACUCGGCUGUGGACGCGCCGACACGACCACACAUCGGCUCUCGUUCUGCCAGCUCAAACAACACCAGAUCGAGAACAGGCCUUCAAUCGGCAGCUUUGCCGAUUCGUGCGCCUCCUCCCCCCAGUGGACCACCGCCUGCAGCUCCUGUGUCGGCCGGAGGAUCGUGGCGGCGCCAACCGAAUUAA